AUGGCGAAAGAAGGAGAACUGGAGCAGCAGUUGGGAGCCGUGGCUAGCGCAGCGCCUCCGGGGCCGCAGGAAACGGAGCCGGCGCAGGCGGAAGCCCCCGCGCAGCUGGAAAGCCGGCCCUUUUCGCAGCGCGAGCUGGAGCUGCCGCCUCUGGAGUACAAGAGAGAGCCCGCGGGGGCCUCUGGGGGCUUCAGCGUGGCGUCGGCGCUGCUGGGGAGCCUUUCGGCGGUGCUGCUGCUGCUGCUGGUGGACUCGUUCGUGCUGCCGCUGCACAGCUCCCUCAGCCUCGCCAAGAAGCCCUCCCUGGGCAUUCUGCUGCCGCUGCCGGCCCCCACGGGGCCCCCCAGCGCCUUCGAGGGGGCCCUUUUGGCUGCAGCGCGGGAGCUCGAGGAGGCCUGGGCUGCAGCUUCUCCCGCAGUGCGCGAGGCCUUCGCCCGCCACUUCAUGCCCCCCCCCUCCCAGCCCCCAGAGAGGGCCGGCGAGCCCAUAGAGGUCUACAGGCGGCUCGUGCAGGCCAUGCAGCAGGUGGAGGCCCCCCAGGAGGCCCCGCUGCUGCGGACCUACAAGUUGAAUUUGCUGCUGCUGGAGGGCGUCUGCGGCGCUGCAGCGCAGCUGCUGCAGGGGCUGCGCCUCAUGGAGCUGCUGCACCAAGAGACCGGAGUCCCGGUGUCUCUGCUCAACAAGAAGGCGAGUCUCAAGUUUCCCAGCUUCGACGAGCCGGCAGCAGCAGCAGCAGCAGCGGGAGACGCAGCAGCAGCAGCAGUCACCCUCAACGAGUUCCUCAGGGGCUUCGGGCUCGACGAAGACCUCCCCUCGAAGGCCAGAGUCCCCCAAAAGACCGCCAAGGCCCUCCAAGACCUCCUCAAGCUUCGCCUCAUCUUCGACAGCAGCAGCAGCAGAGCCCACCACAGCUUCCGCCGCUUCCUCGCGGCCCUCGGGCUGGACUCCCCGCUGCACUUCCCCGAGCCCCCGCAGCAGCAGCAGCAGCAGCUGCAGCUGCAGCUGCUGUUCACGAAGGAGAAGUUCAACGUCGACGCGUUUGUGAUGCAUUCCAGAAAAGAAAAGUACUACAGAAGGGCCUCCGAUCUUGUCUUCCAAGACCUCCUCUGGAGGCUCGCGGGAAACUGGAAUGCAGAAAAAGUGGCGAAGUUCGCGGAAGAACAAGAGCCGGAGUUCAAUUUUUUUCUCGAAAAAAAUAAAAGUGACAAGGAACUCUUUUUGAAACUCGACUCCUGGGGGCCCCAGGGGCUACACCCCGAAGACGUCAACGCCCUCGUCAGGUACCUUCUUUGA